AAGCGCGGCGGGCGGAAGCCGAGCGCUCCCCGCCGGGCCGGGCCGGGCCGGGCCGGGCCGGGACCGCGCCGGGGCCACCAUGGCUUCCAUCGGCGGCUUCUUGCGACGGAGCCUGCGGCGCGCCGGCCGCAGAGAAGGAAAAGAUGGGGCCUCUGCUGCAGAAAACACCCCCCCACGGGUACCACAGGGGAAUCAGGGGGAGCGGAGCUCAGUCUUCUACUCUGCUGGACAGUUCUUCUUUGAGUACCUGGUGGUGGUGUCACUGAAGAAGAUGUCAGAUGGACAUUAUGAACCCAAAAUAACCUACCAGUUCCCAAAGCGUGAGAACUUGCUGAAGGGCCAGAAGGAGGAGGAGGAACGUCUCCUCGAAGCCAUCCCCCUCUUCUGCUUCCCUGAUGGCAACAACUGGGCACCUAUCACUGAGUUCACCAGCGAAACCUUUUCUUUUGUCCUGACAAAUGUGGAUGGCAGCAGGAAGAUUGGCUACUGCAGGCGGCUGCUGCCAUCCGGGCGUGGUGUCCGACUCCCUGAGGUUUUCUGCAUCAUCAGCUGCCUGGGCUGCUUUGGGCUCUUCUCCAAGAUCCUGGACGAGGUGGAGAAGAGGCGCCAGAUCUCCAUGGCAGUGAUCUACCCCUUCAUGCAGGGCCUGCGGGAAUCGCCCUUCCCAGCUCCAGGGAAAACUGUCACCAUCAAAAGCUUCAUCCCUGAGUCGGGCACAGAGCUCAUUGAGCUCACACGGCCUGUGGAUGCCCACCUGGAGCACGUGGAGUUCCAGGCUCUGCUCCAACGACUCAGCCCUCACCUCAUCCUGCUCAUCUUCGCCUCCGCCGUGUUGGAGCGACGGCUCAUUUUUCUGGCUGAGGAACUGAGUGCCCUGUCUCAGUGUAUCCACGCUGUGGCUGCUCUCCUGUAUCCCUUCACCUGGGCUCACACCUACAUUCCUGUGGUCCCUGAGUGCCUGCUGGACACCGUGUGCUGUCCCACACCCUUCAUGGUUGGCAUCCAGAUGCGGCACCUGGAGCGGGUCCUGGAGCAGCCAAUGGAGGAGGCUCUCAUAGUUGAUCUCUGUGAAGGGAAGAUCAUCCGGGCGGUGGGGGAUGAGGAGGAGAUCCUGCCUGGAAAGUUGCAGAACGAGAUCCUGCUAUCUCUGAACAGGCACAACAGCAACAACAACGAGCACACCUCGGAGCAGCUGAACGCCCUGGUGUCGGAAGCCUUCGUGCACUUCUUUGUGCGGCUGGUCGGGCACUACGGCUCCCACAUCAAGUGGGGCAGGAGCGGCUCGGGCAGCUUCCAGGAACGAGCCUUCUGCAAGGCCAUCGCCUCCAAGAGCUGCCGCAGGUUCCUGAAAAAGUUUGUGAAGACGAACAUGUUUUCCCUCUUUAUUGAGGAAGCGGAGAAGAGCAGGAUCCCACAGGAAGCAUAUUUCCAGCAGAAAAUAAUAGAGUACCAUGAACAGAAGAAGCACCGAAGGGACUCCUGAAGUCCAGUGUGGGAGCAGGGGAACAGGACUGAGAUUGACACAUCCCUGCCAGCAGCACCAUACUGGACUCUGUUCCUGCCCACCUGGGACUCCUGAGCUGCCUGGGCAGCACUGAGCACCCUUUCUUUCUCAGGGCAUCAUUGCACUGGAAAACUUUUUGCACAGAACUAGCACCAGGUUGGGAUUUCUUUCCUGAUGGUGGUCACUCCAGGGACAGACUGUGACUCCCAGUGCUUGGCUCUGCACGGUUCUUGUCCCCCCAACACCUCACACAGGGAGAGCAGCCAGGGCUGGCUGCAGGAAAACAGGGAUUUAGAGUAAUUAUUAGAAGGGAGAAAAAAAAGGGAUGAGUAGGAAAUAGUGUUACUUCUCAUUAAAACAAACCAGGGAUUUGCAAAUAAGGAA